UGACGCUUGCCAUGCCUGUGAAAGAGAGUUGUGCCAACACUUCAGUAAUCAGUUCAGUACUCCGACUCGGAGUCUCCUAGCAGGAACGACCAAAAUUAAAAUUAACUCAAUUUAUUCGGUUGUCAUUUGCCGUUUAUCUGCGAUUUUUAUUAUUUGCAGUUCCUUUACUAGUUGAAGUUUUUUGUACUUUGUUUUGUUUUCAGAUUCUCGUGUUCUUUGACAAUCCACACAGGUUGAACAUGUCCAGAUUCAAUGGCCAGAACCGGAUGUCCCGCAGGAUGGAGGGAAGUAGCGGACAUCAGCAAAGGAACCGCAGCAUCCCAUAUCAGUGGCCUCGCAGUACAAUGGAGAGAUAGCCUCAGCAUCACCAGAAUACGCCAAUGAGUUAUUAUGUUCCGAACCAGUGGGCCCUCAGGACGGAGAGACCGGCCGGUCAAUUUCAAGAGCGAGGAAAUCGAGCUCAUCAAGACGAGAACGCAUCGGACAGACUUUGAAGGCAACGGCAACUCCUCAACUUCAAGUGCUCAUGCUCAGCCAGCCGAGGAUCCCAUGGCAUUGCUUCAACGUCUGGCAUCCGCUGGGAUACUUCAACUGCCGUCGACAUCGGUAACACCAGCACCGAACGUUCCAACCAGCAGACACAAGCAGUGCAUCAAUUGCGACCGCCGUUUCGACGUUUCACGGCAGUCCAAAGAGUACCAAGAGCACCUGGACUGGCACUUCAAGGAAAAUCGCCAACGCAAGACGGCGAAAAAAAACUUUGCUGGACGUGUCGGACUCGGAAGCCGAGAAGGACGAGGCUAUCAUGGGUGACAAGUAUGAAGGACACAGGAGUUCGGCAGUGCAAUCUUUGCUACGAGGAAUUCGAAAAAUUCUUCGAGCAGGAGAAGGAAGAGUGGCACAUGAGACCUGCCGUUAUUCAUGAUUUUAGUUCUCUAGAUACAUAGGAAAUAAUGGGAAUCUGAUUCGAGUAGGGGAAAGUGUGUAAGUUAUUCUUUUUGUACAUACAUAUGUAUUAAUAUUUUUUUAGAUGUAUAUAACUUUAAUUUUAAAUUUUUAAUUAUUUUUUAAAUAACAACGAUAAAAAUAUAUUUCUACUUUUAUAAAACAAACAUAUAUCAAUUUAUUCAACGACACAACCCAUUUCCUAUUUCUAAUAUUGUGUAUAUAUGUAUAGUAUAUUUUCACGCAUAUAGACCAAGAUGUCUAUGGAGUCGAAGAAAAUUUUUAAAUAUCGCGAAAAAUCAAUAAAAUAUUGUUUCAGCUUAA